UGAACAUGAACUUGAACUUGAACUUGAACUUGACCGCAUCCCAUGGCCUAAGAUCUUUUGUGACUUUCGCCUACCUACAUGUCACUGUGUGCUAUCUUCCUUUUCGUAUAUGAAAAUUGAACAUCUAUACACACUCGUCUGCACUUGUCUUUCACGUCGCUCUGUGCUGGGCCCGCGCUCACCUAUCUAACAAUCCUGAUUGCUGUGCAAUUACAGCUACCUACAGAAACGUUCCAAGGGAAAGACUCGUCUCAUCUUCUACAUACCAUACACUAUGCAGCUCAUUCCGCCACCACAACCUCGAGAGCUAUUACCGCCUCUUCUCGCCUGCCUUCCAACCGCAUUUGUUUCAGAACGACCUCCUCCUGCCUUACUACCUCUCCUAUCACCUAUCCUACGUCAACGUGUACAGUUUAUGCCCUCGGGCACACACUCAGAAGGAUCAUGGUUGAAAUUACUGAACUGGGAUGCUCAAAGAGCCUCAAAGCUCCCAUCCAUAGUGGAGAGCAUGAGUUUAGAGCCACACCCGGUGUCUGGUGAGAUUGAGCUUGAAGAUGUCGAUGAUGUCAAGUUCCGACGGCUGGACAGCGAGACUCUCCAUGCCCGUUUAGACUUGUCAGAGUUCAGACUUGUCCCCAUAUUUCUAUGGGUAACAGGCGAUGAAGCAGGCGGUGGAGAUGGCUGGCGACUCACAGAGUUACGCUCCCUAGAAGACAAAGAAGAUGGAUCAGCCUGGUUCGCCAGUGCCACGGAAGCAACAGUAAACGCUGACUCCUCUUCACUCUAUCCUCCUCCAAACCACCACCCAGAUACCUCUCUACAACCUACAUCUCCAGCCCCAAAGGAUGAGGACGACGAAGAUGACUAUUGGGCUUCAUACGAUCGUACACCUGGCCGUACACCUGCGAAACUCUCCCCUGCACCCAACGCUCGUGGCCCUUCUAAUAAUUCCACCCUACAAAGUUCUCGAACAUCCGAACUCGAAUACUUCGCAAGGUAUGCAAAUGAGGUCCAGCCCGCGAUGGAUCCACACGAUCCAGAUGAAGAGGUUCCUGACGCCCCACCAUCGACACUGAACCACCACGCACCUUCUCACUCCGCAUACCACCCGCCGCAGUACGAGCCGGUCGAGACUAGCAACAUUGGACGCCAUGGAUAUGAUUCCAGCAUGCCCCACGCCUAUGAUGGCCUUAGUGAUGAGCAUCAAAUUCCGCAAGAGCCUACGCCCGUAGCGACGCCUUCGCUCUCUCAACCCCGCCCCAUAUCCCGCGGUAGUUCUGUGGGCAGCAUCACUAAGCUUGAGGAGCAGGCAGCCAAGCAGGCGCAGGCUGAGGUGGCGGUCAAACAGCACAUUGGAACGGAUAUCAAAAGCCUGUUCAGGUUGGCAAAGAGCGUUGGGAUGGACAGAGGCGAGUUCGAGAGGAUUGUCACAACAGAAUUGGAGUUAUUGGGGAUGAUGGAAAUGGACGAGUGAGGGAGAAUUAGGGGCCCAGAGGCGGGAGGGAAGGAGAAAAUUUGAUGCGUAUAUGUAAAGCUCAGGGGUAGUGAGCGCUGCAGGAAAGCGAAAGCUGAGUUCGAUCAAUUCCAUUUGCAGCAUUUUCUCCCGGCGUGGAAGGUUCUUUCUGGCGUUUAGCGGUCGGGCCGUGCAGGCACACCUACUUCUCUUGAUGUAUAUAUUGCCUUGAUAGCGAAUCUAGCAUAUAAGAACGUUUCUAGUCUGACCACAGAAU